AUGGACUGGCUGGGCAGGAAGACUGGGAACAAGGAGUUGGGGUGGGGAAAGAUUGGAAAUGCCUUGACAAGGAGACCUGGAACUGACAGGAAUUAGAAGGGGUGGAGCUAGAUUUACUGGGCAGGGCGAUUAGUAUCAGAAACCUGAGGAGUGGAGACUCGGUAUAGCUUCAGUGUCUCUCACCAAACCUCAGCUCCCAGCUUCUCUAGCUGAGGUUUUUUUGCCCUGCUUCAUUCUCAGCCCUCACCUGUUUCUAGCCCUCACAUGGAGACAUCAACAGGGUCACCACUCCAUCACUCUCCGCCUUCAGCUCUCUUUGGUUCUCCCGCUCAGAGAGCCAGGAGACAUCUCCCUUGGCUAGUGUCAAUCUUCAGCCCUCUCUGGUCAUGGCUCUCUGGCCUGUGGAAGUUUUGUAAGUGACCACCCAACUGCCUUUCUGCUAUCACUAGCCUUAUCUGGGUCCACUGCACAGCUUGGGAACUCUUUUUCUAAUCCCUCUUUCGGGGAUAUUCCCUCCCUCAUUCAAAUUUAGGUUUGCUCUUCUCCUGAGUGCUGUCUCUAGAAUUUGGAUUCUGAACUCUUGCCUUUGGUUGUCACUCAUUUAAAACUUCCAGGGGCAUCCCUGCCCUCCUCAUCACACCAAAUUAGGGCACAAAGCUGGACUGAAAUUGGAGAGGGGCCAGCUACCUUAUUUCACUAUUUCUUUCAGCAAAGCAGGUUGUCUUGGUUUAUUCCAGAGUCAGGGUUUGCUACAUAAAAGUUAAUGAGUUAGUAGUUCAAUUCAAUAAGGAAUCCUUACUAUUACAGCUUUUUAUUCUAACAAAUAGAAAGGAAUUUUAGGUAUUCCAUGACUAAAUCUCUUAAAUACAUUUAUUUUCAGAAUGUGUAUAUAGAAGUGCAAGUAGAAGCAUAAAGCUUGCUAAAUCAAUAUCUCUUACCAAGGUCCACUAGCGAGUAUUUAACUUCUUUCUGGCAAUAAUAGUCUCAGGUAUUAGACUUCCUGUUCAGAAUCUAAAGAAAACAUUUUGUCAUCCUAAAUUGAUACUUUUUUAAAUCAUAAAACUUAAGGUCUUGCUGAAUUUCAGGUCUACUGAUGGGCAGUCUUAGUGCCACCUACAUCUAUAGAUUUAGUUGUAUAAUAAACUUGAGUCCCCCUUCUGCUCACCUCGGUGAACGUACAAAUGUGUGUGUAUUGCUGGCAUGGUCAAGAUAAGACUUUGUUUGGAGUAAGACUAAUGCAGCUUGUGAUUUCAAAGGCAUCUGUAGCAAGGUUUAGAAAAGGUUACAAAUGGUGUGGGUUUUUAUCAUGAACCGAAUGAGCUCCCAAAGCAGUUCCUCCACUCAGCGUAAGCGAAUGGCUCUUGGAAUUGUCAUUCUUCUACUUGUUGAUGUGAUAUGGGUUGCCUCCUCAGAACUCACUUCUUAUGUUUUUUCGAAGUACGAGAAACCUUUUUUCAGUACCUUUGCAAAAACAUCCAUGUUUAUUCUAUACCUCUUGGGAUUUAUUGUUUGGAAACCAUGGAGGCAACAGUGUACACGUGGAUUUCGUGGAAGGCAUGCAGCUUUUUUUGCAGAUGCUGAAAGUUAUUUUGCUGCUUGUACAACAGAUAACACUGUAAACAGUUCUUUGAGUGAACCUUUGUAUGUUCCUGUAAAGUUUCAUGACUUACCAAGUGAAAAGAGUGGCAAUGCUAAUAGUGAUACUGAAAAAAUUCCCAAAAAGCCUCGUGUAAGGUUCAGUAAUGUUAUGGAGAUUCGACAACUCCCAUCAAGCCAUGCAUUGGAAGCAAAGCUGUCUCGCAUGUCAUAUCCAACUGUUAAGGAGCAGGAAUCAAUAUUAAAAACUGUAGGGAAACUCACUGCAACGCAAGUAGCAAAAAUCAGCUUUUUCUUUUGCUUUGUGUGGUUUUUGGCAAACUUCUCUUAUCAAGAAGCACUCUUACAUGCACAAGUUGCAAUAGUUAAUAUCCUAUCUUCAACCUCUGGACUUUUUACCUUAAUCUUAGCUGCAGUGUUUCCAAGUAACAGUGGAGACCGGUUUACCCUUUCCAAACUGUUAGCUGUAGGUUUAAGCAUUGGCGGUGUAGUUCUUGUUAAUCUCUCUGGGUCUGAGAAAUCUCCAGGAAGAGGUACAAUAGGUUCCCUGUGGUCUCUUGUAGGAGCAGUGCUGUAUGCUGUCUAUAUAGUUAUGAUAAAAAGAAAAGUAGACAGAGAAGAUAAGCUUGAUAUACCAAUGUUCUUUGGUUUUGUAGGCCUCUUUAAUCUGCUGCUGCUCUGGCCAGGUUUCUUCCUACUUCAUUAUACUGGAUUCGAGGCCUUUGAGUUUCCCAAUAAAUUGGUAUUGAUGUGCAUUGUCAUUAAUGGCCUUAUUGGAACAGUUCUGUCAGAAUUCCUCUGGCUGUGGGGCUGCUUUCUUACCUCAUCACUGAUAGGCACACUUGCGCUAAGCCUUACAAUACCUCUGUCCAUAAUAGCUGACAUGUGCAUGCAGAAGGUGCAGUUUUCCUGGUUAUUUUUUGCAGGGGCAAUCCAUGUAUUUUUCUCAUUUUUCAUUGCAACUUGCUUAUGCCAUUACAACAACUGGGAUCCAGUGAUGGUAGGAAUCAGAAGAAUUUUUGCCUUUAUCUGCAGAAAGCAUCGAAUUCAGAGAAUGCCAGAGGAAAGUGAGCAGUGUGAAAGCCUCAUCCCUAUGCAUAGUGUUUCUCAAGAAGGAGAAAGCUGCUGUUCAUAGGCAAUAGUUUAAAGAUGGAUUCAUACUCAGCAAAGAGACAAUCUCCUGAAAAGUCCAUAAGGAACCAUAUUUCAGUGCCUAUUCUACAUUUGGA